CAGCCGAAGAGGAGGAGGCCUGGCCAGCAUCAUUACAUUGGUGUGGUUUACCACUGCUCUGACCGGCAGCCCCCCGCUGCUUUGCCUCACUAACCGGCGUUCCAUCAAAGACAAAGUUUGUAAUGUUAUGGCUGUUUUUCCUAGUUCCCUUCUUCAUCUUGUUCUUCUUACUAUGACCCAUAGCUCAAACCAACAAAAAACAGCAGUGGUGCAAGAAGGCAGCAACAAGAGACAGACCAGGGGGAAAAACCAGCAUAAACAAAGACAAACACCACCAAAAACAGGAGAACAGCUCAAUGAAACAUGGGAAUCACCCAAAACAGCUCAAACAUACGUGGGAAUCACCCAACAAAGCUCAAAAAACACUUGGGAAUCACCCAAAGUGAGAACAAAAGCAGAGGAGAUUGGCAGCAGGAACCUGGAGCUGGUUUCUCGCAGUGAACAGUACCCGAAAAUCCAAUUGAAGCCAAAAAUCACAAAUUCUUGUUGGGAUUGCUCCACAAGCUUUAGAAUAUGUUUAAGCACUCCAAGUUGCUCACAAUACCUCAAUUUUGGUGUUCAAAUCAGCUGCAAACCGAGGGAAAUCACACCUGCAAUUUCCGCUGUGAACAGUAACAGCGACUGAGUUGACCUUCAAUUGAGCCAAAAUCCUCCACAAAUCUUUGAAAUUGAUCUCAUUAUAGUGUUCUCCAUUGUUAUACGACUCCAAGGAAUCAAUAAACAUCAAAAUCGGACCACAAAAUCAAGGGGAAAGUCUCAUGGAAGAAUCCGAGUUACUGUUCAUCGCGAGAGAGAGAGCAGCAGACCACGGUUCUAGAGAGAGAAAUUCACAUUAUUGAGAGCUCUUUCAAAGGUAACAUGUAAAUUAUUAUUACCCGUAAUCAAAUGAAUACAAGAAUGUCAA